AUGCAUCGUCCCUUUGAGGCGCCUCAAAAUGGGAAAGACAAGAAGACAGACUUUGCUCAGGGCUUUCCCAACCCCGCAUCCCUCUCCCCCCCGGCCCCAAUUCCCCCGUUCCACUCUGUCGCCCUGGAAGCCGCAUCUCGAUCCCUCUGGAACAUGUUUGGCUUCUCAGCUGCUUCCAACAAAACCCAAUCAGUCUGGGGGAGGAAGCAGGAGGGCGGAUCAGACGACGAUGAGGAUGAAGGAGCAGAGGGAGCAGAGGGAGCGGAGGGAGCGGAGGAAGCAGAGGUGGAGGAGAUGGAGGUGCAUGUGUCUCUGAGGGCUCCCAACGGCUCCGCAUCGCGAUCCCUGUUUGGCUUCUCAGCUGCUUCCAACAAAACCCAAUCAGUCUGGGGAAGGAAACAGGAGGGCGGAUCAGACGACGAGGAGGAGGAAGGAGCAGAGGGAGCAGAGGGAGCGGAGGAAGCAGAGGUGGAAGAGAUGGAGGUGCAUGUGUCUCUGAGGGCGCCCAACGGCUGUGUGCUGGAAGCCGCAUCUCGCUCCCUCUGGAACAUGUUUGGCUUCUCAGCUGCUUCCAACAAAACCCAAUCCGUGUGGGGGAGGAAGCAGGAGGGCGGAUCAGACGACGAAGAGGAGGAGGCGGGGGAGGGAGCAGAGGGAGCGGAGGAAGCAGAGGUGGAGGAGAUGGAGGUGCAUGUGUCCCUGAGGGCCCCCAACGGCUGUGUGCUGUCGGCACAUGAUGACGGGUCGCUCCGGGCAGAUACGCCGACAGAUGCCGCCCUGCUGGACUGCCACGUGUUCCGCGUCACCAGGAACGUCCGCUCGGGGAAAUUCGCCUUCUAUUCCAUGAGCAACGAGCGUUACCUACGAGCCCUGCAGCCAUCUCUCCUCUUCACAUCCAUGGUGCAAGGAGACGCAGAGACCUUCUCUAUCCGCCGCCUGGACCUGCUGCCCAACAACGAGCGCUACCUACGAGCGCUGCAGCCAUCGCUCCUCUUCACGUCCAUGUCCAUGAGCAACGAGCGCUACUUGCGCGCCCUACAGCCAUCCCUCCUAUUCACCUCCAUGGUCCAAGGAGAGGCAGAGACCUUCUCUAUCCGCCGCCUGGACAUGCUGCCCAAGUUCCUCGGAGUCAACCUGGGCGGCUGGCUCGUGGCAGAGGCAUGGAUGUGCCCUCCUGCUCUCUUUGACGGGGUCUUCACUGGCGUUGCAUUGACCUUCUCUAUCCGCCGCCUGGACAUGCUGCCCAAGUUCCUCGGAGUCAACCUGGGCGGCUUGCUCGUGGCAGAAGCUUGGAUGUGCCCUCCUGCUCUCUUUGACGGGGUCUUCACUGAUCUACUGGACGGCACGUCCAUCCAGCUACAGUCCGUGGACAACAAGAUCUACUGGACGGAUCUACUGGACGGCACGUCAAUCCAGCUACAGUCCGUGGACAGCAAGUGGGUGGCAGCGGAGGGAGGGGGCGGCGACCAGCUCAGGGCCAAUAGGGAUGCUGCCAGCGCAUGGGAGACGUUUUUUCUUCGCCGGGCAGACCACGGCGCGUUUUUCAUCCGGGCGGGCAGCAGGCACUUUUGGAGCGUGGAUGCUGCAAGUGGCGAGGUGUUUGCAAACAAAGAGGACGAGGAGGAGGGAGAGAUGUUCUGGGUGCGGCUCAAGCUGGGGGAGGAAGGCAGGGAGCAGCUGAGAGCACUGUUGUUGCUUCAACCCUCUCCAUUUAUUUCUCUCCCUCUCUGCUAUCGCCUUUUCUCACUUGUGACCAGGGAGGACAAGGAGGAGGUUCCUCCUCUGUCCGCUCUCCCCCUUGCCGUUUUCCUCCUCACUCUUGUCCCCAGGGAGGACGAGGAGGAGGGGGAGAUGUUCUGGGUGCGGCACAAGCUGGGGGAGGAGGGCACGGUGCAGCUCAGAGCGGCCAAUGGCAACUGGGUGCAGGCUUUGGACGACGGCAGGCUUAUAGCGGAUAUCGAUGAGGACGCCCCUAGGUGGGACACCACGUGCACAUUCACCCUCAGCAAGCUCGCAGAUAUGGGGGGGGAGGCGCAGCUCAUGCUCGCUCUAGGGCGGGAGGAGGCGGAGCGGAGGCUGCAGCAGCACCGGGAGGAGUGGGUGGGGAAGGGCGACUUUGAGUGGCUGGCGCGGCAAGGGGUGAACGCUGUGCGGAUACCCGUGGGGUGGUGGGUUGCUGUUGACCCUACACCAGAUGAAUUCGUGGCAGGAGCACUUGAGCUGCUGGAUAAGGUGGGUCUGUCUGGUGUGCAGUUCAGGCGUGCAUCUGUUCUUUCAGGGAUUCACGGCUGUGUGGUAAGUGAGGAGUUGGCACGGCAAGGGGUGACAGCUGUGAGGAUACCCGUGGGGUGGUGGGUUGCUGUUGACCCCACACCAGACGAAUUCGUUGAAGGAGCUUUGGAGCUGCGGAUAGGAUACCCGUGGGGUGGUGGGUUGCUGUUGACCCCACACCGGAUGAAUUCGUGGCAGGAGCUCUUGAGCUGCUGGAUCAGUGAGGAGUUGGCACGGCAAGGGGUGAACGCUGUACGGGUACCCGUGGGGUGGUGGGUUGCUGUUGACCCCACACAGGAAGAAUUUGUGGCAGGGGCUCUAGAGCUGUUGGAUAAGGUGGGUGUUGGGAGUGGUUUUGGUGGGUCAAGUGGCGUGCUCGCACCUCCGUGUGGGUUGGUGGGUCGCACCUCUAGAGCUGCUGGAUAA